UACAGUCGUCACUCCAUUAUCUCCUCCUCUUCAUCCUUCUCCCUCCUCAUCCAUAAAAAAAUACCCGUUGUUAUGUCCACUGUUGCCACUCACGCUGCCAAGAAGGCACCCUCUGUCCUCAGGACCUGGUUCCGUGUCGAGGUUAUCCCCAUCUAUGCCGUCCUCGGUGUCGCUAUUGGUGGUGCUGGCUGGUAUGUCACUCGUCUCGCUCGUGGACCCGAUGUUACCUGGGACCGCAAGAACAACCCUCAUCCCUGGCUGCACAUCGACCAGGAGACCCAACUCAAGUUGAUGACCAUCAAGGAGGGCCAGGGCUUUACUAAAGCCUACUCUCGCGAUCGCCUGUAGAUUGAUCAACUGCGACAACAAACACAUAUACCGCAUUUCAGUAUGAUCUUUAGAUGAGUGGA